CUUAUCAGGCACACUCGCAAGUCAAACGAUGACCACCCUUCCUCUACGCCAUUCAGUCUAUCCACUGGCGGUUUAGUGAAUACCCCCAACUUCAAUCUUUGGGUUCGGUAGCUUGCAUGACAAUGGAAUUCAUACCCUAUCGCCUCAAUCCUCAGCAAUGGCUUCGUGCGGACCAGAUUAUGCAAGAUGAAGCCAGCAAGCCCUACGAGUCAAGGCCUGCUGUCAAGGUUGUGGUCAAUCGGACACUUGGAACAAGUUUCAACAAUGUCUUCAAGACGCCUACAUUCAAUGCGGUCAAGAAGCGAUACGAAACCUAUUUUCUGGGAAAGAUGGGGUCACAUGGUCGAUCUUUGGUGGAACUAGGGAAUGAAAUGAUGGACUUAGGUUCCAUGAAGCAGCUCAUGUGCACGCCAUCUGAGCUGGCUGAGGAUAUCAAGAACAAUUAUUUCAAGAAUAGUCCGAGUGCAUUACAUACCCGAGAAGCCAUCGAAAGUCGUUACAGGACAUAUUUCAUGAAGUGGAUGGAUGCGGAUGAGAUGAUGAAGUACGCAGCCCAACCGACAGAUAAUCUUGGAAUACGAUUCCGGAUUGGAGCUGUGGUUGAUCAUAUCAAAACAACUUUCUUCCCUAUGGACCCAUUAACAACGGAAACAAAUAUUCAGGACCGAUACUGCAGGCUCUGGCUGGGAGGUGUCAUGACUGCUACAGAAGUUGAAGCAUAUGAUCAACAGUGCAUCGACCAAGAGUGGUCGACACUGCCCCGAGAAACGAACGUAUCUCGGCCUCCUCAUCAACCAACCAACGAUUUUGAAACCGCACAAGAGAGUAUAUCGAGUACUUUACCACUUGGAUUUCCACGUCCACCAUCCCAACAAUCAGUCGUCCCACCGAAUUCGUCUCCACCCCCACAACAAUCUGUCGCCUGGAGCGCAUCUGUACAAUCGCAACCACUCGCAACGCCCUCCCAAGUCCACGAUAGUCUUGAGCCUACAAGACAGUCUAGUGUGAACUCCCACAAACGUAUACGAGGAAAUAGUUACGACAGCAAUGCCAUCACAUCAAAUACUAGCUAUAUGGGCCGAAGCAACAGCACAAACUCCCCCCUCGAAUCUCUCCCUCCAUUCCAGAAACUCCAGAGGGAGCUUCGAGACUCAGGAUUCUUCUCCAGCAGUAGCUCUAGUGACUCGAGGUCACUCAUUUCACGCAUGAGUCGUCUUUCCAUCGAGGUCAAGCCAUGCACGAUGAACCACUCACUUGCGUCGUCCGAUAAUCCCUGCUCCGUGUGUCAAUACCCGGAGCUUCAACCAAAGCCCCGUGUGUAUGUUGCUCCAGAAUAUGCAUCACCACAGCGUGCUGAUGUCGUUGAUGCGGAUGAGAUGGAUAAUGGGAUACUGACUGGCAAUGCGAAUGCGAAGAGUUUAUGAUGAUACGAUGUUGCAUGGCGUUUCUUUUUGGAGCAUAGAGCUCAACUCUUUUUCAGCAUUGUUUUGGUUGCCUUAUACCUUGCAUUUUAUCCUGUAACUUUUAUUUCU